AUGCAAGGUACGUACUAUCCUGACUUAGUUAGGGUAUUCUACUCUAGAUUCAAAUUUAGAGAUCAAAUUGCUACAUCUCGUGUAAAAGGGGUUACAAUAAUUCUUGACGAUGAUAUUUGGGAGAAUGUUGCUCACUUUCCAAUUAGAGAAGAUGCUAUUAACGUAUAUGGUGAGCUAGAUGACUUUGACAGGUUCCUAGCUUAUCGCUCUUUUUUGCGGAAUCCCUCCAUGGAGAUUGGACGUAUCCUUCAUGCUGGACCUUUAAAGAAGGAAGAACACAUGAUUCUACAUUUACUUGUAUGGAUCUUAUGUCCCCGGGCUACGAAUCAUGCCCAAUGCUCUUCCAUUGAUCUUCGUAUUAUUCAUGCCAUAAUGAAUAAUGAACCUUUAGAUUGGGGCGUUCUUGUCACAAUGACCAUGUUAAAAGCAAAAUGUCAUCCCACAUUCAAAAUUCCAUAUGCUUUACUUGUCUCUCGUAUUCUUGAAUAUAAAGGAGUGAAUGUUGAAGGUGAACAAGCAGUUAGAACAAAUAACUUGAACCGCAUGCUGGACAACACAUUAAUUCAACUCCAAAUGGUGCAUGUCAAUGAUAUUUAUGUUCACAAAGAUGACGUUCCUAAUCAAGGUGAUGCUAAUGAAGACUCUGAUGAAGAUAUGCCUCCAGCAGCUGAGUUUCCCUUUGAUCAAAUCCGAAGUGUUGGAACUUCCUCUACUCAUCAUGAAACUUGA